AUGCGCUAUGGAGCUCGUCUAUCGAUCCCAUCGCUCCGUGGAGGAUACCACCGCUGGCUCUCUGGAUGGGACACAAGCAGCAUUCUCGGCACACCCACCACGUCCGGCAGUCUUCUGAAGACGCUUCAGGAGGAUUUAAAAAGUGAGACUGAGCUGCGCACGAAAGGGAUAGGGGAGACACUGCAAAACUACGUGCACCGAGCAGAGCUCUCUCACAUGGAAAGCCCUGAGGCAGACGAACAGUUCUCGAAGAGCUUGGACGCUAAAGUUGACGAUCUCUUUGCGCGCAUUCCUCUCCCACAGGAUCCCAUGAGGACAGCCCUGGCACUGACGGAUGAAGAGGUUAAGGAGGAAGUCGCGGCUGAGCUUGUGAAGGAGGCGGUGCGAGAGAUGUACUGGCGCAAACUGGAUGCUGAACAGGCUGAAGCACUGCGCCUCAAGAGAGCACAAGAAAAGCUGCAAAAGCAAGGAGGAAGCCAAUACUUUGAAGAGCUACGCGAAAAAGAGAAGCUGCGCGAGCACGCGGAAACACGGCUUGCUGCCCAGCCAGUUGCGGUGGAGACUCGGCCUUCGGUAGGCAAAGUGGUCGAUGAGCCGCUUCUCCAGAAUCGAGAUGCGACGCUGUCAGCUGAGGAGCUUCACGAAGAGCUGACCGCGAUGAAGGCGAAGAUGGCGCGACUAGAGGAGCUGUUGCGUUAUAGGAAAUGA